AUGCCGUCGGGAGAGGAGCUCAUUGAGGAUCCCCGCUUCUCCACGGAUUCACGACGGAGCGAGGUGCUCGAGGAGAAACUUCUUCUCGGGAUGCCAUGGAAAUCGGCAAGUGACUCCAUUUGCCCAUCAGAGAACCAGUGGGUUGAGGCCCCUCUUUUAUGCACGACUCCUAUUAAGUUCCAAUAUGCAAACUACACGACAGCUGACUAUGCAAAGACCGGAAAAGGGUCCUUGAGGCUUCAGAUAAUUAAUCAGACGAGUGAUAUCAUUCGCACUAUUUUCUGGAGGCCUCUCAAAUUGACAUGGACAAGUGGAUAUAGUACCAAGGAGGCUGCACCGUUUGUUGAAUGGGGCAUACAAGGGCAAAUUCAAAUCCUUUCUCCUGCAAGGCACCCUCAUGUUCAGUCACGACACUAUGUGUGGUGCUAG